AUGGAGUUGCAUGGAGCCCUCCAAGACGACGACAAUGUCUUAUUCCCACUCAUGGAAAGCGACCUCCUCGCUGAACUUCAAAAUCCCAUCGAGAAGCCCCGCAUACGACGCUGGAUUGCCCAAAUUGCGAUGGGCCUCGACGCACUCCACAACAUGGGCAUCAUCCACCGCGACAUCAAGCCCGAAAACAUCCUCCUCGCCGCGCCCACAGACAGCGUGCUCAUCACCGACUUCAACGCGGCCUACUUCGCCCCAGAGAACGCGCCGCUCGAGACCGACGCCGUGUACACGUGCGAGUUCGUCGGGAGCAAGCCCUACCUCUCGCCGGAGGUCGCGAACAAGCAGUGGUAUGGCAAGAUGGUGGAUUGGUGGGCUCUGGGAUGUCUCAUGUUCGACUUGAUAGCAGGCGAUCUCCUAUUCCGCAGCGAUUCCCAGCGUGAACGGUACUUGAGUUGGGACGCAAAGUCCGAGGGUGCCUCCUUCCUGCAACGGGAAGCCCCAGACCUAGCCCCAGACGAGGAGUCUCUCCUACUCGGUCUCCUCCAACCUCGACCCCGAUCCCGCUUCCAGAUGAAAGAUCUCCAGCGUCACCGAUACUUCGCGGACAAUAACAAGUACGCAUGCGCUCACGCUUCUCCUGCUUCUUUUUCAUUCUCUCGUCGAAGCCUCACGCGGCUGACAUCUCCGCCCGCCAGCGUCACCAUCUUCCACGCUCUCAGAGAGCAGGCGCUCCGCUCUCCCUGCGGCAAGUCGCAAAUUGAGCUGCUCAUCCACGCGCUGACCAUCAGACAAAUUGCUCUUGCAGGAUAUGGAAACGGCGUGCGCCAAGACGCGCUGCCACAGCCCAGCCCCGCACUCGCCGCGCUGCCGCUGUGCGCCGCGAGCGCAGCUCCCCGGGCCACGGGCGCGGACGGCGCCUUUGAGUUCCGCGACUUUGCGUGGGUGAAUCCUCAUGGGCUUUGGGGACCGGCGCGAUGA